AUGAAAUGGGGUCUUCGAGACGCCGCUCGCACACAUGUGAUAAUCCCCUGCAUAGUUCGCCGAGCACCCAGCUGCCAGCCUGUCAGUCCGUCCACACGGCGCAGUAGGUGGGUGAAGCCGUGCCAGGGCUGUCCUAAACCUGACAGAUCAGUCUGUCUGCGUGUAGUCCUCAUGAGCGUGCGGCCUGGUUACACCCAGCCGCCUCUGCCCCUCUGGCCUCCCUGCCCCUCUGGCCUCCCUGCUCCUCUGGCCGCCGCCCUGCCCCUCUGGCCGCCCUGCCACUCUGGCCGCCGCCCUGCCACUCUGGCCGCCCUGCCCCUCUGGCCACCGCCCUGCCCCUCUGCGCGCCCUGCCCCUCUGGCCGCCCUGCCACUCUGGCCGCCGCCCUGCCACUCUGGCCGCCCUGCCCCUCUGGCCACCGCCCUGCCCCUCUGCGCGCCCUGCCCCUCGGCCGCCCUGCCACUCUGGCCGCCCUGCCACUCUGGCCGCCCUGCCACUCUUGGCCGCCCUGCCACUCUGGCCGCCCUGCCACUCUGGCCGCCGCCCUGCCACUCUGGCCGCCCUGCCCCUCUGGCCGCCCUGCCACUCUGGCCGCCGCCCUGCCCCUCUGGCCGCCCUGCCACUCUGGCCGCCCUGCCACUCUGGCCGCCCUGCCCCUCUGGCCGCCCUGCCACUCUAGCCGCCCUGCCACUCUGGCCGCCCUGCCACUCUAGCCGCCCUGCCACUCUGGCCGCCCUGCCCCUCUGGCCGCCCUGCCACUCUAGCCGCCCUGCCCCUCUGGCCGCCCUGCCCCUCUGGCCGCCCUGCCACUCUAGCCGCCCUGCCCCUCUGGCCGCCCUGCCACUCUGGCCGCCCUGCUCCUCUGUGGCUUUAGUCUGGAAUCUUCAGACCUGGCCUCACCUCUUAAAUUUAGACCCUGAGACGCACAGCUAA